AUGGCAGGGCAGAAUAUAACUAGGAGGAGAAAGCCAGCAGCUGCCGGAGAAGAUGCCAGAGCACCGGUGCCCCCCAAGCCCACUCUCUACGUCCUACCAAUGCUGCUGGCAUUUCUUGAGUCGGCUCUGGGCUGGGCCGGGUCCCAGUCCUGCAGUGUCCAGGAGGUACUCCGGCACUACCAGGCUGUCAUCUUCCAGGACUUGCAGGCUGCCAUGCAAUGGGCUGGGACGAGAGCCCAGCAUACAGAGCCUGGGUCCCGGCGGCACCACCACCUGACUGGAGCUGGUGGAGGUCAGGGACAGCCAGGGGCCUCCUGUGAUGCCCAGAAGGAGCGUAGCAUCCUACUGUCUAUUGAGUCCCUGGGUCAGACCCUUCUUGCGAGCGUGGCUGGAGUUCCCCACAAUGCAUUAGAGAAAGCGGCAUGGACAGUAGCGGUGCGCACCAAGGCAGUGAUGCACAGACACUGCCGGACAUCCAGCAGGAUCCUGCAGCCCAAGAGGCGUCCAGAACAGCAGCGUCCCAGCCGGAGGAGGCUCCUGCUACGUGCCCUGCACGCUGUCGCCACCUGCUGGGAGAAGCUCUUUUCGCUGAGUGCCGUGGCCACCAGAGAAUUCUAGCGCUGCCCCUGUCCUUAU